GCUGGGUAAUUUAUCUCUUUUCCUCGUGGUCAUGCGUUCGGAUAAUCGACCGGCUUAAGUAAAACUUUCUGAAUUUAGAGUCAAUGUUGCGGCUCCUCAACCCGCGCAGAAAGUGUUGUGAAAAUGUGUUCAAGAAGGACAGGAAAGUACAAGGAAGAAAUCUGCGGCCCAAAAAAGGAGGAGGAGCCACACUGUCAACUACUGGACGCUGUGUUCAAUCUGCAGCCUCGAAUUGUCCUACGCAGAGCAGACAUUACUGAAAAUCUAAAUACUAAGUGGAAGGAGCCUGAACCCCUUCAUCUAAAACAGGAAAUGGAGGACGAGGAUGUGCACCACAUCAAAGAGGAAGAGGAGCUGAUUUCGAUGAUAAAAGAGGAAGAAGCACAAGCCCACAUCAAAAAGGAAGAGGAGGAGAAUAUCACCAAGUUUCCAUCGACUGGUGUCCCUUUCAAGAGUGAAGAUGAAGUUCAAAGUGAGGAGAGCAGAGGGGGGGAGCCUCCAAGCAGCAACUUAAAUCAACAGAUGAGAAGAGAAAGUGACGGAAACCACAAGGGACGAUCACACCCAGAGUGCCACCACAGAAGUGGGCUAGACGAUUGUAGGUUUUACAGAUUUCCGCGGAAAAAGCUAACUUUGUGGGCAAGAUCGUGCAGGUUGGUACAUGUUAUCACGUUUGUACAGAUGUCUGCAUCUUAUAAUUGGGAUGUUGAUGUUUAUGACAAACCAUUUCAACUCUGUAUUCCAUAGACGAUCUGACAGACAACCAACACAGCCCAAUGAUCGCCUUUGUAGUUGCCACUUCAAAGAUGGCUUGAUGGAACAUGACCCAGUGUACUUUGCGCACAACCCCGGAAAAUGGAUAGACUCCCCUGAUCCAGGAAAGAGCAGUCAGGAGCAAUCGGAGACAUUUUUCGAUGAGAUGGCAACAAAUAGUCAGCAGCUGGAAGAUGAACAUGUCCAGACAGCUGAUGGUGAUGCACAUGAAGAUCACACCUAUGCCUCAACAGCUUGCUCGCCGAGAUAUAUGGCGCUGAUAACAAAACUAAAAGAAGAAGUUAAAGUACUUCAGAAAAAUGUUGAGGACCUCAUGCUCGAGUGUGAAAAGCGCAAACCCGUGUCUCUUUCCGGCAUAAAGGGCAGAGAAAAAAAGUGCAGAAAGUGUUGUGAUCGUCGUGUGAAAAUGUGUGCAAGAACAUCAGUAAAGUACAAGGAAGACGUUUGUGGACCAAAAAAGGCGGAGGAGACACAAUGUCAACUAUUGGACGCUGUGUUCAAUCUGCAGCCUCGAAUUGUCCAGUGCAGAGCAGAUGUCAGUGAAAAUCUUCAUCCAGAACGGCAGCAGUCUAUUUCCUGUCACAUCAAAGAGGAAGAUGAGGGUGAAGAGGUUCAGCACAUCAAAGAAAAUGUGGAAGAGGUCCUACACAUGAAAGAGGAAAAGCAGGAGGGAAGCAUCCAGGUUCCAUCCACUGGUGUCCAUUUGAAGAGUAAAUAUGAAGGUGAAAGUGAGGAGAGACGAGGAGGGGAGCUUCCAAGCAGGAACAGCUCAAGUGAUGGAGACCUUUGUAAAAGAUCACAAACAGAUGGUCAUGAUGAUGAUGAUGAUGGGCAGUCAGAAGGUGAAUGCCGGAAAUGUUAUCAGUGUAGGAAAACUUUUGCUUCUUUGAGCAGUUUGAAACGACACAUGAAAAUACACACAGGUGAGAAACCAUUUGCAUGUUCAGUUUGUGGUCAAAGAUUCACUCAGAAGGAACACUUAAAAACACAAAGAACACACACUGGUGAGAAACCGUUUUCCUGCUCAGUCUGCGGUCAAAGGUUUGCUCAGAAAGGAUAUUUAAAAAUACACACAAGAACACACACUAGUGAGAAACCUUUUUCGUGCUCAGUUUGUGGCCAAAAAUUCACUCAUAGGUAUGAUUUACAAAUACACACAAGAACACACACUGGUGAGAAACCGUUUUCCUGCUCAGUUUGUGGUCUAAGAUUUUCUCAGAAGGGACAUUUUAAAACACACACAAGAACGCACACUGGUGAGAAACCCUUUUCUUGCUUAGUCUGUAGUCAAAGAUUCGCUCAGAAGGGAUAUUUAAAAAUACACACAAGAAUACAUACUGGUGAGAAACCUUUUUCAUGUCCAGUUUGUGAUAAAAGAUUUACUGAGAAUGGAAAAUUAAAAAUACACACAAGAACACACACUGGUGAGAGACCUUUUUCCUGCUCAAUUUGUGGUAAAAGAUUCUCUGUGAAGGGAACCUUAAACAAACACACAAGAAUACACACUGGUGAGAAGCCUUUUUCCUGCUCAAUUUGUGGCCAAAGAUUUUCCCAGAAAGGAUCCUUAAAGGUCCACUGUCGUGAAAUGCAUGACUUUUAGUAUGUUAUUAAUGAAAAAACGGCAGCCGGUAUUUUUUUUUUUCACCACUAAACCUGAUUUUGACGUACAUGGCUUCUCGUAACACCUGCCAUGAAAAUAAUAUCGAGGGAUUUGUUUUCGAGCAGCAGGAAGUGACAAACAGCAGCACACUCAAGUGGUCUCAUAUGUUUAUACUAGUUUUGCCUGCUGGAAGGUAGCUUGUUGUUCCUUCGUGUUAGCCAAAAUGCUGGCUCGUUAUGUUGUUGGAUAUUGCUCGAACACUCGGGAGGAUAGAUUCGCUCUUCAUACUUUUCCAAAAGACCCAGUUCGUAAUGAAAGAUGGUGGGGGACAUUGAACCGGAACAGAAUAUACACAUUGCCUGAGACUUGUCGUGCUGUUGGUUGUUACAACAGACGAGACAGAUAUUUAAAGAGAUCAAUCUAUGGAAUACCAGCUGAAAAGACCAGAAAAGAUCGAUGGAUUCCAGCAAUUAAACAUGAUGGAUGGUGCCCAACCAAAAUACACAUGCGCAUGUGUAGCGAUCUCUCCAUUUCAGGUAGGAAUUAUUCUUCUCAAUCUCAAAUUCCCAAGAAGUAUUUAUAAUGCCAAGUUAGGUCAUUUGAGAACAAUGCGAAUAA